AUAUCGGUGCACGAAAAAUUAUAUAAUGGUAGCGAAAUUGUAAACAUACUUGUAAACUUGCUAUUUUCUGAGAAUUUAAUUGUCUUUUUAAUAAUUAAAUAAUCAUGUUUCCAAGAAUUUUAUGAUGCCUGGGGCAAAUUGUUGUAUCGUUGGUUGUGGGAGUAGUAGAAGGCUUGGAGGAAUAGGCAUAUUUAAGGUGCCAAAAGUAAUUAAUGAGAAUUAUAAGAAGUGGAGGGAGGAUUGGCUUAAUGUGGUUAUGAAGUCGAGAGUUGUGGAUCAAUUAUUUAAAAAACAAAUAGAGAAUGACACAGUGUAUACAUGCGAGAAGCAUUUUAAAAGUGAAUAUAUUGAUAUCUUUCCAUCAGAGAAGGGGCCUGCUAAGAAAAGGUUAAUUUUUGGAGCUUUACCUGAGCUAAACUUGCCGAAGAAAAGCUGUGAAGUUCAAUCAACUGAUAAAAGAAAACCUCCAGCUGAAAGACUUCUAACAACUGCAAAGAAAAUUGCUAGUAACGAUUACUACUACGAAUCAUAUCAACAGUUAUGUGAUAGACUUGUAAAGUUGAAAACUUUAGCUCAUUGAAAAAUUGAUAUUGACAUAAAACUGUUAUGAAAAUAUAUGAUGCCCAGUUUGUUAUCCCGAAGUUUGAGAUUCAAAUUGAUGGUAGUAUGGGAUUUUCUAUAGCUGUGUAUGGUUGGUUUUUACCAGAGCAUCAUCAAAUUUAUAAAGAAAACAAAAGAUGCAUUCGCAAUGUUAAUUUAGUUAUAAUGUUGAUUUAGCGAACCAUGUUGAAAAAGCUAAAAUUUGCCUUGGAGUACCUGAUAAUUCAGGUGGACUGUUGUCCCAUGCAAUUCCAAUAUUUACCGACCCACAUAUUGAUGACAUACCAUAUAAAUGCAAACAGUUUAACCGCACUCUUGAUUGCUUUUUGUUGUGUGCAAGUCCUUCAAAAUACAUUGGUGCUUUUAUAACAAUAUCAGAGUACAUAUUGCUGUAUAAUUUUUCCAUAUUACCAGUUUUGUUAAACUUUUGAAAUGUUGGAGAUACCAUAGUAUAUAAGUCAAUAUUUACACUAUCAUUGUUUAUUGUAAAGUUUUUUAGUUCCGUUUUAAUCGAUGGAGGAAACACAUGUUUUCAGAAGCAGUGGUUUUAAUUUCUUGUAACAAGUGCAAUAAAAUAUCCUGGCUCAAAUUGUUGUCUUCUACUUCAA